CCUAGACUCAAUAUACGACUGACUCAUUAGUCAUUAUACAGUGCUUGACUUCUAUCACAGUACAAAUAGAGUCAACCUUGUGAGAGAAGGACCGAUUUGCAUCGCACUCACCUAUCACAUAUACCGUUACAGUAUAUUUCCGUUCACAGGUUUCCACACAAGUACACAAAUUACCUCCAGUUUUAGGCAUAAUGCAUCCUUUGAUGGAAUAUUUAUCUAAAAAGAACAAUAACACAAAUGGCGAGUAUGAAGAGGAAGCUAGCUCAAAUGAAGAAGAAACUGCAAAAUCGAGCAUCUUACCUACUUUACCAGAAGUUUGUAUAACCAGAGUAACAACUGUUCAUAACAAUUGCCUCAAGGGAAUGUAUGAGCUAAAAAAAAUGGAGUACGAAUCCAGAUAUGGUUCUGUUCAAGAGUUGACCCUUGUCCACUCAACCAGUGCUCUAAAUGUACCUUCAAUCAUUAAAAACAACUUAGACUGGCGACGUGUUAAGAGAAACAGAUUUGGGAAAGGAGUUAGCUUCUCUGGGAAUGCUGAAUACGCCAACCACUAUUCCAAGCGCUCCAAUGGUGAACAAAGAGCGUUUAUCAUAGCAAAAGUGCUGGUAUCAAGAGAAGUCUGGGGACAUCCCUCUAUAAAGAUUCCUCCGAAUAAUGUGGACACUACAAUCUCAAACAAUAGGAAGGUGUAUGUUAAGUAUUGUGAUAAUGAGUUUUUGAUUGAAUAUAUCGUCUACUACAAUCGUCCAGUUAAGCCCCCUUCAUGGAAGACUGAUGCUGAAGAGAGUCUUGCUCACUUAUUAAAUUUGUUGAGUUCCCUGGAUAAUCCUCCAACAUAGGGAUUAGCUCUAAACAAUAGGUUUGCAUUCGUGAUAGAAAUAUGUUAUCAGAAUGAGUCAAAAUUUGUGUUUUAAAGGUUUAUAAACAUCAAUAAGGCCUUUGUAAGAAGAUGAAUACAGUAACUAGCCUACAUACUGCAUUUUGAGUUGUGAAUUUUAAGCAAAUAUUUUGCCACACUUAAUAAUAGUCUAAAAGUAAUCAGGUAACUAUACUAGACUAUAAGAUUUAAAUAUUAUAAGUGUUGUAUGUUUUGUAUCCUUAAGAUAAAUAAAGUUGAAUAUGAACUAAA